CAAGCUUUCAGAGUAGAGGUGCUGAAAUCGACCAGGGGAAAGAGGAACAGGCCAAGUUUGAGGUGUCACUGCUUUUUUCAUAUAGACUUGCUUUUAGAGAAUAAAAAGAAAAGAAGGACUGUAAAAUGUUUUUAUUCUUACACACACACGCAAUUUAUCAAAACAUGUGAUUUACUUGAAAUGUGCAUUUUUGGAUGAGACUCAUUAGAUUGUCGUAACUAGACUUUUCACAACAAUAAAUUAUUAUUCCGCAGAAAACAUGGCGGGAGCCGUGAACGUAGAAAAAAUGAGACUGAGAGACGAAUAACAGCAUCAAUAAAUCAUUCUCGUCCAAUGUUGUUCCCGGGAGAUUUCUGAUGGAUGAAAUUAAGCACUUCCAUCUCCAUCUCCCACCUGAUCGCGCGCGUAUAAAUCCCAGCAGCUGAUCAGCAGAGCUCAGACAUCAAACCGACCCCGCGCGAGCAGAGACGGCAGCGGACACCUCUCUCUCCCCGCUUUAACGUUAACAACAGCUUUUCCGGAAACGUGCUCGCAUUUAAAGCUGCCCAUUUUUGGAGUGCUUCCAUUUGGGUCUGAGUGCACUCUACACGCGGGCUCCUGGAGGCGGAUCUGCUACUCCCGCUGCUGCCAUCGCGUGCGCUGUCCAGUGCUGAAGUUGCAUUUCGUCUGUGCGGAACGGCUCGUGCACAGCUGAAGCUCCGGAGCUUCCGCGUCUUUCCUCUCGCUCAGGUGUUUGACUUUCAGCCUUGCUGGACCAACUCUUGUAUUUUGCUGUGGAUAAAGCGAGGACGUGCUGGAAGAGGCUUUCCGCUCUGCGCUUUAAACAUGCCAAGGUCUUUUUUGGUGAAAAAGGUGAAGCUAGAUGAUUUCUCAUCCACUGAACUUGAGAGCGCGUACGGCAGGUCCAGGACCGAUCUUAGCUUUCGGAUACACGACAAAGGCUACAUCAGUGACUACAUCUCACCAGCUGUUUAUGAUGGAGAAAUUGACGGUGGCACAAAAGUACCUUCUCCAGGACCGAUUUACGACAGCAACCACAGUGACUAUGGGGCACCUGACUCGGACCAGCCCGACAGCCCACAGUCAGAGAUCACGUCUGGGUACAUCAAUGGCGACAACGCAGUGAGCGAAGGUUACACUGUUGAUGCGUUCUUCAUCACAGAUGGCAGGUCCCGUCGGAAAGUGCUUGGUGGAUCGCGGGCCCUCCAGCGGCACACAUGCAACGAAUGUGGCAAAACCUAUGCGACGUCUUCCAACCUGAGUAGGCACAAACAGACACACCGGAGCCUGGACAGCAAGAUGGCCAAAAAGUGCCCGACGUGUGACAAAGUCUACGUGUCCAUGCCAGCCCUGGCCAUGCACCUGCUUACCCAUGACCUCAAGCACAAGUGUGACAUAUGUGGGAAAGCGUUCAGCAGACCUUGGCUACUGCAGGGCCACAUGCGCUCUCACACGGGCGAGAAGCCCUUUGGAUGUGCACACUGUGGAAAAGCAUUUGCUGACCGUUCCAACCUGCGGGCGCACAUGCAGACCCACUCCACAUUUAAGCAUUACAAAUGCAAGCGAUGCAACAAAACUUUUGCGCUCAAGUCCUACCUGAACAAGCACUACGAGUCAGCGUGCUUUAAAGGCACGUUCUCACCGCUCGCGUCCAUUGAGGCAUGACUUCCGGUCUGUAAGCGCUCACUCCCCCUUCAAAUGUUAGGAUGAUUACGCUAUCUUACCCAGUUGUCUCACAAUCAAAAUGAAAUCCAAUAAUAGCACAAUUUUAUCUGUUUUUUUUUCUCGCAAAGUUGACCUUAAAGGAAUAUGGAACCUUCGCAUGCACUUCAGCACCCAUGUCCUCAAAUAACGUUCAGACAGUUCACCUUGGCACUGCACAGCACUUGACUAUGACUUGCGUCGAAUGAAGGUUUGAGUGACACCAUGUUCCUCAUUAAAAUAAAACUCUUUUGUAUUGUCAGUGGAUAUUAUCAUACUGCUGCAAGUGGCCCAAACGUAUUCACAAUCGAGGUAAACCGGUAUUAUUUAUUUAUUAUUUUUUUUAAUGUAUAUUUAUUUUUUGUUUGUCAGAUUUUAUUACUUCAUCUAGGAUGUAUGAUUGUCUAUGAUGCACCGAAAGUGUGAUUUUCAUGUAUUUAUUUAUUUAUUUUAAUGGUUCAUUUGGCCUUUUUCUUACUCUAUAAUUUUGCCUUUUGGGUUAUGCCAGUCUUAUUAACAUGCCAAAGCAUUUAGAUCCAUGGUAAUAAUUUAAAAUUGUUUUUGGUUUGUUUGAUUUUUUUUGUAUACCUACUUAAUGCAUGCAAAAAGAAAAGAAAAGAAAUCUAUGCCAAUACCACAAAGCUUAUCAUUUUGCCAAAAUGUAGAGAUAGUACCAGGGGGCAAUAUUUCUAGGGGUUCUCAUAAGAAUAUAAAAAGCAAUAAUCAUAAUGCAUGGUAUUUUUGAAAGUAAUAAAGUAUUACCUAUAGCAGUUUUUUUUAAAUCAGGUACAUUUUGAUCCAAUACUCUUAAUAAACAUUUAAAAAUACCACAUCAGGGAAAAUGCCAAUGUAGAGUUUAGUGAGACUAAAUCCAUAAGUCUAACCCAUCUUUCUUUGCUCUCUGCUUAUGCACUGCCUGCCUCAAAUUUAAAUGUAGAUUUAGGAUGUAGGCCCCAAGUGCUGUAACUCCACUCUAAGCAAUUCAGAACCAUUCUCUGGAAGUGUGGAACAUGUAAUGGCUUUUCUGAGGUUAACUCGAAGGGACACACAAGGACAAGAAAAGGGCUGGAGUGAUGGGAAGGUGUACCAUCUGCAUAGCCGUUCUGUAAUGCACUCACACUGCAUUUCCAGCUCAGAUCAGAUACUUCAUUUUCUCUGGUUUGGGUGUCCCUGAGGUUGUAAGCACCUCAUUGUAAAAAAAAUCCUUAAAAAGUAGCACAAAAACCCUAGAUUCAGGUAGAUGGUACCUAGCUCAAUCUUCCUUUUUUAUACCUCGAAAGAGGAAUAACAGCUCAGUUUGUGAGAUGAUCUUCAUGUAGAUACUCGUUUGAAGAGAAAAAACCUUUUUACUGUAGAUGAAUCCACUAAACCUGUUCAAGAAACAAACAAAAAAUGUCCUGCGACUUUUUGAGCCAAUGUUCAAAUGAUGUAAGCACAAGACACAAGGCAUUUUAAGCACUUCAUAAUAAAGGCAAAGUAAACAAACCAAGUCUAUUGCUCAUUUGUCCCUGAUUAUUGCCGUUCCUCUGUGAAAUUAGUCUAUUAAAGAGGCCAAUUAAUCUUGGUGAAUGAAAAUCAAUGCACACACACUGACGAUGCAACACAGGCCAAGAAAUGGGACGGGUGAAAACCUGCUAUGGUUAUUUACGGUUCAAUAUAUCCACUCGGGCAGUAGCAAUUGGUUGUUUUUAAUGUAGCACCAAAAGCUGAUAUAAUGAAAAUAAUGGAGUGGAGAUAAUGAAAGUCCAGAGGGAAUAAUUUCUACAGGUGCUGUGUUUCCUUCAGGGUGACAUUCUCACCACACAAUCUUUGUUGGAUAAGAAAAACAUGCACUUUUGUUAACUCAAAUCAACAGGUUUCAUGGUAAAGCUGCAUGAUGCUUUUCCAUCCUUACUUGUACCAAUCAGUGUACACUGCAUAAAUGUUAGCAAUCCACAUUAUUGGGUGUUUGUUUUGCCGCUUAAAGUGAGGGGUGCAUUAUACUUGAGUUUUGUUGACUGUGCAUGCAAGAUAAAUUGCCUUUGUGUUAGGAUGCAAUACACUUCACAAACACUACGAAGUGCAGCUUUUACUGCAGUACAAUCUGUAUCUGCUCAGUUCUCGUUCAGCGAGGCGCACCAAACUCUCCCACUCAGGUUCAUCUAACUUGUACAAACGAGGCCACCAGUGUCAUCAAUUUGCUGGGAAUCAUUAUCCGAGCAUUCUGAGCGUCUGCGUUCCAGUCUCGGGAGCUCUGGGUAAUUGUGCUAGCAGGAUGGGAUCAGUAGGAGCCAUUAUUUAACCAGAGACAGCUGUGCGAGGGGCCGCACACGUUGAUCUGUUUGCUGUUUCGUCCCUGUCUCUAUGCUUUAGAAUCACAGCAUCCCUUGAGCGAUUCCUGUGUUUUGUGUACUCUCCAAGUACUCCAGGGUCCUCGGCUCUCUGACAAACCCCAUAACACUCUCUCAAG